GAGGAAUUGGUGAUGUUGAAUUUGCGCCUGGGUUUUGGCGGGGAACUGGACAGGGGUCUUGAGUACCCCUCCUCAAUUACAUAAUCCAGCUAAGGUAAGGCAGCCACACCUUGGUCCGUGCCCGGGGAACAUCACGAAAGGCUGCAAUAAUUUUUUGGAGCUCCAGAAGCUUCUUGGGCCACGAACAGCACAAGUACAGCCUCCCCCCGCGACGACAAACGAAUCCCGAACAUACCGUCGAGUGUAUCCCCUACAGCUGUACUCGUCGCAUCGAAAUCGCCCAAAAUGUCGUUCGGAGGCCAGACCCCGACCAUUAUUGUCCUGAAAGAGGGAACCGAUACCUCUCAAGGCAAGGGUCAAAUUGUCUCCAACAUCAACGCUUGCUUGGCUGUCCAGGCCACGAUCAAGUCUACCCUUGGUCCCUAUGGAGGUGACCUUCUGAUGGUUGAUGCCAACGGCAGGCAGACAAUCACCAACGAUGGUGCUACUGUUAUGAAGCUCCUCGACAUCAUCCACCCCGCAGCCCGAAUCCUCGUCGACAUUGCGAGAUCACAAGAUGCUGAGGUCGGUGACGGCACAACGUCCGUCGUCGUCUUGGCUGGAGAGAUCCUGAAGGAGAUCAAGGAGCACGUCGAGCAGGGCGUCAGCUCCCAGGUUAUUAUCAAAGGUCUGCGGAGAGCGUCUAUGAUGGCCGUCAACAAGAUCAAGGAGAUCGCUAUCGACACCAACGAGAGCAACAGAAGGGAAACGCUCGGCAAGCUGGCGGCUACCGCCAUGACGAGCAAGCUGAUUAAGCGCAACACCGAGUUCUUCACAAAGAUGGUCGUGGACGCCGUCCUCUCCCUGGACCAGGACGACCUGAAUGAGAAGUUGAUUGGCGUAAAGAAGAUUCCCGGCGGUUCCCUCACCGAGUCACUAUUCGUCAACGGUGUCGCAUUCAAGAAGACAUUCUCCUACGCCGGUUUCGAGCAACAACCCAAGUCUUUCGAGAAGCCCAAGAUUGUGUGCUUGAACGUCGAGUUGGAGCUCAAGGCUGAGAAGGACAACGCCGAGGUCCGCGUCGAGCAGGUGUCCGACUACCAGGCCGUUGUCGACGCUGAGUGGCAGAUCAUCUACAAGAAGUUGGAGGCUAUCUACAAGACGGGCGCAAAGGUUGUGCUCAGCAAGCUGCCUAUUGGCGACUUGGCUACCCAGUUCUUUGCAGACCGCGACAUCUUCUGCGCUGGUCGCGUCACAUCCGAGGACAUGGAGCGUGUGGUCCAGGCCACCGGCGCCACCGUCCAGUCCACAUGCUCAGAUAUCCUCGCGGAGCACCUGGGUACCUGCGGCAGCUUCGACGAGCGCCAGAUCGGAGGAGAGCGUUUCAACUUCUUCGAGGGCUGCCCCGAGGCCAAGACCUGCACACUCGUCCUUCGUGGCGGUGCUGAGCAGUUCAUCGCCGAGGUCGAGCGCUCGUUGCACGACGCCAUCAUGAUCGUCAAGCGCGCCAUCAAGAACCACACUAUCGUCGGUGGCGGCGGUGCCGUCGAGAUGGAGGUCUCUGCAUACCUCCACCGCUUCGCCGACAAGAACAUCCCCCACAAGCAGCAAGCCAUUAUCAAGAGCUUCGCCAAGGCUCUCGAGAUCAUCCCCCGCCAGCUCUGCGACAAUGCCGGUUUCGACGCGACCGACAUCCUCAACAAGCUGCGCGUGGAGCACCGCAAGGGCAGCACCUGGGCCGGUGUCGACUUCAUCAACGAGGGCAUCGCCGACAUGAUGGAGCGCUUCGUCUGGGAGCCGGCGCUGGUCAAGAUCAACGCCAUCCAGGCCGCCACCGAGGCCAGUUGCCUCAUCCUCGGCGUCGACGAGACGAUCCGCAACGAGGAGAGCGCGCAGCCCCAGGCCCCUGGUCAGCAGCUGCCCCCGGGCGCCGCACAGCGCGCUCUGAGAGGUAGAGGACGGGGUAUGCCUCGUCGGUAAGGAGGGGAGGUUUAUGACCGGGUUAAAUGAAUGAGAAUCAAAAAAGGAAAUCAAAAUCAGGAAUCGAUGAAAUGGCGUCUGUAUGAUACCUAGAACUGGUCCCCAGGGGCUUUGGCUUUAAGAAGUCCGAAUAGACUGGGUCAUUUGUCGUCUGUCAUGAACACCUACUCU